AGCUUUUGUGUUCCGAGAUUGGAAGGUCGCCGAAUCGUCGCCGAAUCGUCGCCGAAUCGUCGCAAAGCCAUGAUUGACUAUGAGCUUGGAACAUGGUGGGUGUGCUUUGGAGUACUGAAAUGCAAUGGUUCAGUUUUCCCAAAGACUUUGACCUGGUCGCUCCCUAUGACCAUCUUGGCCGUUUUGCUUGAGCUCUAUUGGGAUGGCGAAGAAUGGAUCACCAGUCUCAAUUCUGUGUGGUCCAGCUAUUCAUUCGUGCUUUCUUUUUUGGUCGUCUUCCGCAACAACCAGGCUUACUCCCGCUUUUGGGAAGGCGCAACUCUGAUGAAUGAGAUGCGUGGAGAAUGGCUCAACGUGUGCACUAGUUUGAUCGCAUUUUGCUCACCAGAGGAAGAGAAAGCAGAGGAAGUCGUCAUUUUCCAGGAGCUUUUAGUGAGAUUGAUGAGCCUUUUACAUUGCUCUGCUUUGCAGGCAGUGUGUAAGCUGGCCGACAAGCGCUUGGAGCUCAUAGAUGUCUAUGGAAUUGACGUGAAGAGUUUGAGGCAGCUGCGAGAUAGUGUCAACCGAUGUGACGUGUUGUGCCUAUGGUUAAGUCGUUUGAUCUUGGAUAACCACUUGAAGAAGGUGCUGAUAGCACCUGCUCCAAUUCUCUCGCGCUCAUUUCAAGACUUGGGAAGGGGGCGAGUGAGAGUGUCAGACUUGGCCAAGAUUCGGGAUAUUCCAUUCCCAUUUCCAUAUGCUCAGCUGAUCGUCACAAUGCUUGCUGUUCACUCGGUCAUUACAGCGACGAUUACAAGCCAGUAUAUCCAUCCCUGGUAUUGUGCAGGAUUGGUCACUUUCAUUGCCAUCUCAGGCUUUUGGGCGCUCUUCUUCAUCUCAGCUGAGAUCGACCAUCCCUUUGGCGAUGACCCCAAUGAUCUUCCUUUAGGGAAGAUGCAACAAGAUUGGAACAAACGACUGAUGGAGCUGCUUCAGCCAGACAGACAAGUACCUCCCACAUUCACUCCACAUGGACAUGGCAAGAAGGCAGCCCGAUUUUCCAUCACCUCCUACCUAGCGCGCUCUGAAGGUGAUUCAAGGCGAUAUCGCUUCCUACCCUCCAAGAGCACGGACAUCUUUGAGUCUUUGGAUGAUUUGAUCGAUCACCACACGAGCAUGGCAGGCGAGGGAGAAGAGGAUGAGGAGGAAGGGCCUUCCUCUCGCCCUUCCCAGUAUCCUCCAAUGCUUCUAUCCGCGGCUGACUGUCGGUCAAGUACAGUCACAGCGAAUCCAACCAACGAUCUUGAUUUGGAGGUCUGUGAAGAAUCCCGGGCUGGAUUCAUGCGGGAGUUCAGCACAACCAUUGGAAGGACUACCAAGCAGGUUGACCAAGCACAGGACUGUUUGAAGUGAAAGAUGAUUGCAAGGAAUUCACAAAUAAGAGCAAGAAAGAGAAGCCUUUGAAGUGUCUGAAGACACAAGAUUGGCAACUUGAUUGCCAAAGAUGGUUUUUGAACCGUUUUAGGCGCUGACCUAGAAGCCUGUCUUCCAAAGGAAUGCGGUUUGUCGAGGCCUUCAAAAUUUAAAAGAUCCAACAGCCCUUGCGGCCAGCAAGGUACUCUCCUUGCUCUGUGCCGAUGGCGAUCGUCCACGAGUGAUCUCGCAGCAAAACGAUGAACUUCCUUUUACUUCAGUUUCUCCUUUACCCAGAAGUGAGUAGCUGUCUUCACAGGAUGUCUCACUCCAAGAGUCAGGACACCUGGGCAAUGGCGAAUUCGGAUGUCUCGAAGAAAUUGGAUAAAA